AUGUUCGCGUCUAAAUUGCAGACUCAAAACGAGAACAAAGUGAACUUCAAAAAGAAAACAUAUGCGGAACUACAGGAAUUGUACGAAAGGCAACGCAAGAUCCUCAGUAACGGACGAUUUGUUGAGGGAUUGCCUGACAAAGGCGAGAAACUGAAACAGUUCAUUGCUCAGCUGGACAUAGAACUAAACAAACGUGAAGUUCACAAGAAGCUAUGCACAGACAUGUUGGCGUUGAACAUUGGCAGCGAUCAGUUGGAUACCUUUGAAUGGACUGGUAAACAUGUGCCGGCAGUACACAAGAAUAGCCAGCCAGAUGUCAUAGGCGAUGAUGAAGUGUUGAAAAUGUUUGCUUCACAUUCUGGAGUUAAUCAAGACAAAAUAAUCAUAGAAGAGAAACCAGAAAAACCGUUGAUCAAACCAUCAGAUUUAAUCGAGGAAGACUCGAUUGAAGGCAAACAGCAAGAUUACGAUUCCGUAGGAUUCUCAGAAAACAUGGAACGUUAUGCUAAAAAUUUAUGUGGUCGUAUUGACACUCACUUGCCAACAGAAAAAAAGCAUUUUUUAUUAAAUAAGCCGGCUGUUCCAAACAAACAUACCAUAGUUAAAUCAGCAGAUGUAAGCCUCAAGGAAUCUGUGAUGUUACAGGUUACUUACGACAGUAAAUUGAAGGAAUUAAAAGCUGAAAGCUUGAAACAAAAACCAAUUCCAAAGUUUGAUACGAGUAAUUAUCGAAACACAAGUUUGGUCAACUAUGACAACAUACUUGAAGACGAGAGUGAUGAAGAUAAUGACAUACUCGAUAUUGACAGUGAUGCAUAA